GGUGGAAUCAAGUUAGAAACCCUCUAUCCUAGAAAAACAAAGGUGCAACAAAACUUACACAAAAGCAAGGGAGAUAUAUCAAUCAAUUGUGGUCUGCAUAUGCCCACAAAGUGCUGAGAGGAAGUCGAAUCUGACAAAAUAAUGUACGAGGUUUGACAAAAUGAAGAGAAGAGACAAGCGCAUCAUGGAAAUUCAGCUAAUACGUGUGGGGGCAGUGAUAGCAAGUCACGUGUUCAAGUGAUUUCUCAUACAGUGACCUCUGAGCCUUUAUACACACUUAUACGCACCUCAUGAUGCUUCAAAGUGUGAAAGAGCCUGAGAAGAUGGCCGACAUAGAUGCCAUGUUCAGUGACCUGCUGGGAGAGAUAGAUCAUCUCUCUCAGAGUCUAAUCUCUGCAGCUGACACACCAGAAGAGGUUCCUGUUUUACAGAGUGAAAGCACCUUCUCCAUCGGCUUCACAGACCUGAAUGAGAGUCUUAAUGAACUGGAGGACCAUGACCUGGAUGCUCUGGUGGCUGACCUGGGAUCAAAAUCGACCACAUUGGAAAUGAGACCUCAGACGCUCACAGAUAAUAAGAUUGCAACACCCGCCAUGACUCAGCGAUCUGAUUCAGCGGCUGCCUCCCCACCACCAUCAAAAACUGCUGAAUCCUCUGGAGUGCUGCAGACGGGGGAACCUAAGACAAAGGCAGAGAAGAUAAAAUUGGCUUUGGAGAAGCUGAAAGAAGCCAACGUGAGGAAGUUGAUAGUAAAGGUGCUGAUGAGUGACGGCAGCUUCAAGACUCUGAUGGUGGAUGGGAGACAGACAGUCAGAGAGCUUUUGGACAUGCUGUUUGAGAAGACGCACUGUGAUUGCAGCAUCGACUGGAGCCUGUGUGAAACAAACCCUGAGCUGCAGAUCGAAAGAGGCUUUGAGGACCAUGAAUGUUUAGUGGAGCCGCUGUCUGCGUGGACUCGCCACAGUGAGAAUAAAAUCUGUUUUGUGUUGAGACCUCAGAAGUAUGUGAUGUUCACAGACCCUCAGUUAUUUUACAUGUGGAAAAAGCAGAGGGCAUGUUUGAGUAAUAUUACCGAACAAGCCAAAGAACUCUUACUCAAGGAGCAUUUUGGGGGUUCUACUCUGAUUGUCCCUGAUCUUGAGGGCGUGCUGCACCUAAAGGAAGAUGGAAAGAAGGUUUGGAAACCUCGCUACUUUGUGCUCAGGGCCUCGGGCAUCUACUUUGUACCCAAAGGAAAAUCAAAGAGUUGUAGUGAUCUUGCCUGCUUUGUCCAUUUCGAAAAAGUCAACAUCUACACCACCAACAACUACAAACAGAGAUACAAAGCUCCCACCAACUUCUGCUUCAUACUAAAGCACCCUUGUAUCCAGAAAGAGUCGCACUACAUCAAGUUCCUGUGCUGUGACAAUGAACACACACUGUUGCUUUGGGUCAACUCUAUCAGAAUAGCAAAGUAUGGGACUGUCCUGUAUCAGAGCUACCAGACUGCGCUGAGAAGAGCCUCCACUCUGCAAAGUGUCUACCCCGCUGCCUUCAAAGACAAAAAUGGUCAAGUCCCUCAGAUCAGCCCACAACCUGCUGGUCCAUCUCCACCCAAGACCACAAGUGUUGAAGACUAUCCACAUGAGCUACCACCUGACUUCAUCCCUCCUCCUCCUCCUGAACACGCACAAGUUUGAGACGGAUACCUGUUCCCUCCUCGUUACAAGCUUACGAUGCACAAAGGCGUAUUUUAAAAGCAGUUAUUUAUUCUCAAAUGUAUCGUAUUUAUUCGCGUUCUGUUUCAGACAAACAUAAAUCAUCUCCAACAGUUUUAUAACACACAAACCACACCUUUAUGUUCAUCGUUUCAAUGAGCUGUUUAUUACAAAAAGACUGUACAUAAAUUUCAAUGAACACAUCCUAUGUACAAACUGAGAGAGGACAAAUAUUGAAUUCUGUUCCCAUGAACAUUUAAGUUACGGAUAUUUUUUUUUUCUUCUUUUCUUCCACGUUUCAUCAUAAGAAAACACACAUCAAAGAAAGGCGACUUGACCUGUGAUGCCCUGAAAUGCUAGACGUAAAGUGGUAAACAUUACAAAGUUCUGCACGUCAGUGGUUGUCUCAUGAUUUCUCUAUGAAAAAGUAUAAAUAAAUCCUUUACAUACAAACUGCUAGCAAACCUUCCUCAGCAGCUUCAGACACAGAUGUAAAAACAAGUUGAAUGCAAAGCUAGAAAUACAUUAGGUAGAAAAAGUUGUUUUCUCACAAAAAAUACAAUCAAGAAUGGGAUGUAGUGGCAAUGAUGUUUCUAUACUUCCAUGCACAGUGGCUGAAUGAAUACUGAUCAUUUGACUGAG